AUGGCUACAUGGCUUGCCCAGCCAUUACUUCUCUUCAUGCUCUCUCUGCGCAGCGCGGAGAAUGCAGUAGCAUCUACGGGGAUGGCCGAGGCGUUGGCCAACGACGUAGUGAAAAUAGGUCUCGCCUACCUAUCCAGCAUAUCGGUGGUGGUCUCCGCCGUCACGUCCACUGCUGCUUACCGCGAUCUGACUACCACUAGCUUUGCCGUCGAGGUGCUACACUGGACCCAGCAGUCCGCGCAGCUCGGGGACGUCACCUAUUCCACCAGCAUCGACUGCAUGCUCUCGGAAGGAGUGGGCGCCGCAUCCGUUGACCAGUUCCUCGCGGUCUCCCUGGAGUUGCCCGUGUACGUGCUCAUCGUGGCUACACUCUUGAUCAUUGUCCGCGCCUGCUGCCGAGCUGUUCUCUCCAGCGGCAACGUCGGCCUUGAGGAGAUUCGAGCCGAGGUCUUGAACAAGCUGUUCACGUGCUCUUUGGUUGCCGGCAACCAAUUCUUGCCGGGGGUGUCCUCGGCGUGCAUGCGUGCAUUCCCGUGCUUCCACAUUCAGAAUGCCGUAGACCAGAAGGGUCCAAUCCAAUUCUUGUGCUACGAUGUGGGCACGGAGUGCAGCGAUAAAGGUCAGUAUCUCAAAACAUGCUGCCCAGUUUUGCUGCUCGCCUUCGCGGACGGCCCAGCCUACUGGUUGACAGUGGUGCGCGGCCAACCUGGGGCACAGCAAGCAGGACCCAUGAAGUUCCUGACUGGAUCUUACCGCGCAGGCUUCCGCUGGUGGGAGGCAGGGCGUCUCAGCAAAAGCAUGAUCAUCGCCUCCAUCGUUACGGCGUCACCCACGAGCUACUGCCCCCUCCAGCAGCUCAUGCUCUGCCUAUUUGUGACCGUUGCUUUCGGCUUCUGGCACUGCUUCAACACCCCGUACCAGCAUCCAUGGCUCAACGCCGCCGAGGCAGGCUCGCUCUUGACGCUCAGCGGAGGCAUGGUCCUCUCGGGGCUGCUGGCAGGUGGCGGAUGGACUCUCACCCCCAGCUUCGCGAGCAACAUCGUGAUCGCCAUCGCAGGAAUGCUGAUCUUCUGCUCCGUCGGGCUGGCGGGCCUCUGGGCGCAGUUCAAGUUCUUCUGGACGGAGGACUCCGGCGAAGAGCUGCUCGCGGAGGACUCGUGA